AUGUCAAUUCAUCCGAAUUACCCAAAUUUUCAAAAGAAUUCUUUAAACCAAGAUAUUACCCCGCCUAUAUACAGCUUAAAUCAACCAAAGUUAAAAAAGCCCGUUCCAAUGUUAAUGCCAAUGAAACCAAAAAUCGCAGCAAGUCCUAAAAAAUUGGAAAAUCCUACACUUUAUAUGAAAUCUGAAGAACAGAAAAAUACGAAUAUGCAGUUUUCAGUUAUUAAUCAAUUGAAAUUGCAAGCAGCGGCUAAAGAUGCGCUAAAUGCAGUGUAUAUCUCUAAAAAUAUGGUAAAUGAAGCUGAGUUGCAAUGGAAAAUCAAGGACUAUAAUGUAAACUCUAACUUUUAUACCGAAAUAAUGCA